GAUUUUCAACAUGAGAUUACCAUGAAUUUUCAAAAUAAUAACUCCAACUAUUCCCAAGAUGGCUUCCAGCGGGAUAUUCCACUAGUCUAUACCACCCAGGUAGGAGGUACCACCUAUGUCCAUGGAGUGGUCCCGCCCACUGGCUCUGAAUUCAGCAAUCAGCCAGUGAUUACCAGGGAGUACCAGGGAUAUCAGCCCCAGCAAAACCAUGGGCUGCUCGGCAACUCAACUGCUCCGGUGCAGUUCCAGCCUGUCACCGGAACUCCUUCCUAUCCAGUUUUCAAUCCUAUCCCUACUCAGGGAUACCACGGAAUGACCCUCCAUAAUGGAGCUGUAGCCCUCAAUCCCCAGCUACAAGGCCCUGUCAGGUUUGUGGAUGCUAUGGGCCAACAGCACGGCACCUCUGUGACCUUCCACCCACAGCUGCAAGUGCCCCUUGUGGCUGUGGGUGGUACAGGCCCACAGUAUGGUGUCCCUGUACCCAAUGCUCCACACAUGCAGGCCCCCUUCAUGUAUGUGUCUGCCAACGGGCAGCAGUACGUCACUGCUGUGCCUUUUGGUCAACAGCUGCGGGCACCCACCAUGUUGGUGAACCGUGGAGGCGUACCUCGCAGCACCUCUCUGCCGUCUGCAAGCCUACAAGCACCCUUAAUGCCAGGCCUACAGCAUGGCACCGCUGUGCCCUUAAUGCCAGGCCUACAGCAUGGCACCGCUGUGCCCUUCAAUCUAGUUCCAGCCCCCAGUGUGCCAGUUCAGCUCAUCAACAACCUGCAGUUGCCGUUGACUGAGCAGCUGGCUGCUGUACCGAGCAGCACUGGCCUGAUGAGACCAGCCCCAGUGGUGCAGCUUCCACCCCAGCCGAGCAGCACUGGCCUGAUGAGACCAGCCCCAGUGGUGCAGGUUCCACCCCAGCCGAGCAGCACUGGCCUGAUGAGACCAGCCCCAGUGGUGCAGGUUCCACCCCAGCCGAGCAGCACUGGCCUGAUGAGACCAGCCCCAGUGGUGCAGGUUCCACCCCAGCCGAGCAGCACUGGCCUGAUGAGACCAGCCCCAGUGGUGCAGCUUCCACCCCAGCCGAGGCAGCAGACCAAGGCUCCCGCUGAAGUGUCCGUGUGUGCCCCAAGCGGUGCGACUACGGAGUCGCUGAAGCCACAGGCAACCACGUCCAAGGAGGUUGAAGAGGUCAAGCGGACUCAAGCUGGCCAGCCCAAGGCCCAGAUUGAGCCCCAGCAACCAGGCACCAGCGGCUCAGAGAACAACAUGGUGGUCAAGCCCAAAAGCCAGGAUAAGACCAAGGAAGAGCAGCCGCAUGGUGCCAUGAUGGAUGCUGAGGUGAAACCUGCAGACAAGAAUACCUCCACCAAACAGGCACUGAAGACUCCUGCUCCUGUCGAGGUGGGCAAGGCGGACGCCAACCUGCCUAAGGAGCCUAAGAGCAGUCUGCCUGAGAACGCUGACAGACGCAAAGAAAAGAAAAGAAAGCACAGGCAUGAGAAAGACAAGAAGGAGAAACGUCACAAGAAAGAAUCCAGCUCGACCAAGAAGACAACCAAGUCUGACGAGGAGGGGUCAGAAACCAACAAGACAGUAGGUGGUUUAAAGGCGCCUGAAGAUGACUCAAAGGCUAAGCACACGGACUCCUCUAACAAGUCCACGAGCACGAAGGCCAAAGAGAUGCAGCCUGCCAUCAGCCUGCAACCCAAAAGCAAAGGGCACAUUAUUCCCUCUGCGCAAGUCUUCCAUAAGCUGGGAGAGAAGAUGGAGAAAGUCAAGCCUCCAAAACCAGCCCCAGAGGAGGUUGCCAAGACAUCUGAGUCUGAGCGUCCCAGCUCUUCUGGUUGGCAGAGGGGGCAGCGUAAGAUCCCCUACCCAGUCAAGCCUUACAGGAUCCAUAAGGCGCAAAAGCCAAGCAACGCACUGGACCGCCCAGGACCAAGCAACAUGAUGGACCGCAGAGGACCAAGCAACGCAAUGGACCGCCCAGGACCAAGCAACGCAAUGGACCGCCCAGGACCCAGCAACAUGAUGGACCGCCCAGGACCCAGCAACAUGAUGGACAGCCCAGGACCAAGCAACGCAAUGGACCGCCCAGGACCGAGCAACAUGCUGGGCCGUGCACCCGUGCGCUCUGAUGCUGACCAAUCACGGCGCCCAGAACACAGCCAAAGCCGGCAUUCUGCACCAGGACCCAAGAGAAGGGCCCACAGGCCCCCAGCACCUGCCCGCUCAACACAGCCCUACGAGGUGCCCCACUACUUCAAGAACCACGCCCAUGGCAGCGUGGGCGACUACGGGGACGGAGAGAGGAUCCUCUACCCAAAGCCAGGGUACCCUGGCAUGCUUCCUCUCCCCCUCGGCAACCUGUCGCCACUGCCCCCCGGCGCGCCCCGACGCUUCCACUGCCGGGAGGCCUCCGUGCCCAUCCCCGACGAGCGCCGCGCCGAGAUCGAGGCCAGGAAGCGCAAGGCCAAGCGGCAGAGGGACGAGGCCGCCAAGAUCACACGCAACGGCAUGGACAGCAGCACGCUGGCCGACCGCAUGAACCUGCCGCACGAGCUGUGGCCGAGGGAGGCCAACUGGUCGGAGAGCGAACUGGACGAAGUGUGGACGCUGUGA